AUGUGGAUGACGAUCAAAGUUAAUGAAGAUUCAUCUGAAGUAAAGUCCCUAAAGGAAAAAGUAAUUAAAGAGGAGUCAAAAGUAGAAAAGACGGAAAGUAUGGAUGAAAUGCAAGUAGAUUUGCCAGUCGAGCAUAUUACAUUUGGAGAUGCCGAAGACUUUAAAUUAAAAAAAGAAAGAGAGUUUAAAGUUAAAAAUCUUCUUGAUAAGAAAAUAAGAAACAUGUUCAGUAUAGAGGAAAAGAUUGCUUUUGUUCUUAAAACCUUCAAGGCAUGCCGGACUGAAUAUGUAGAAGACAAAUUAGAAAAAACUGAAGAAAUCGCCGACAAAGAAACGGGAGAAUCCAGUUCCAGUAAAGCAGAAUCAACAAAGAAGGUUCCAGUUGAAAUUUGCUUAAAUUUGAAUGAUAAAAAAACUAUGAACAUGGAAGGUGUUGCUCGUUUAUUCCUCGUUAAGCUAUACGGUGAAAUGCCUUAUUUGGAAUUUCUCGAAAAACAAAAGUCGAAUCAGGGAACAUAUGUAGUCAAAAGGGGAAAAGUACACACUUCGAUUACUGGUAAAAAACGCCUUCAUGAACAUGGGAGCGGUAGUCAAACAGAGAGCGGAACUCAUCAUGAACAUAAAAAAGAAAAAAAUAGUCCACGAACAAGUUUAAGCCCAAGCAAAAAGCGAGCUGAAAGUCCAACUAAAAGUCAUUAA